GUUUCCUGAUCGACGUAGCGGCUAAGUUGGUCUAGAAUUGCGUUAUUUCGCAGAACGUGCUGGAAGUAAUCGCUUCGAAAUUAGUACGUUGUUAUAAUUACAGAAAUACGCUAAAAUAGUGUAGUGGUCGCGUCUGCUCUGCUAUCCUUAUUUUUAUUCAGGUUUAUUUACUUCUAGGCCUACCUUUUGCGCUGUAAUCCGUGUAAGUGUGUAAUGUGAUCUGCUCGAGAUGUGUGAUCUGGCGGUUCUGACUGUGCGACUGGUUCGCUCUUUUGAGCAUCGCAACUUUAAACCGGUGGUUUACAAAGACGUUAAUUUAGAUCAGACGUCGGAGGAGUUUAUUACAUUUGUUAAACAAGAUGUUUCAACAAGAGCUGGAUUGCCUCCACCUUUUAAGAAGUUUGACUAUGACACAAUGAAGAUCAUACACCAGGCACACGGAGCAAAGACAAACGAGCUGGUAAUGAGUUUAGAGGAUGAUGAAAAGUUGAUUCUUCAUGAUGGCAGCAGGUUAAGAGCAUGUGGUGUUGCCAAUGAGACAGAACUCGCCUUCUUCAAAAUGGAAGACUAUGAAAAGUUCAAGGCCAAUCCACAGACAGAAUGGUGAAGACAAUCAGGACGCAACACAAGAGGUCCUGAAAACUGUAUUUUUCAGAGGCACAUUUUUCAGCUGUGAGAAGCAAGUGAUCUCUUUAAGUUGGAUCAAAACAUCUAUUUUAAUUUCAUUUAUAGCUAUACUUCUUAUAUUUAUUCUUACCAUUCAAAAUCCUUCAGUGUAGUUUCUGAUGUACACAUUUGACAAACUUAGAAGGCAGACGUUGCAAGGAAUAAUUAUUUUACAUUUCUGUCCCAAAUAAUGUGUUUUGAAUGCCUAUUAUUUUAUAUUUUUUAUUUUAUUUACAACAAAUGAGAUACCAGAUAUUUAGUUUUAUUUAAAUGACACCUUGGAAGUUGAUUUUGUAAAAUAAAGUUGAAUGUAUAAAUCAUGCUUUCACAACACUAAAAGUAUUGAUUGACUAAAAGUUCAAUUCAGAACUUCUUUCCAGUACAUCAUCCAAUAUAACGACAGCUUAUCAGUCAGACCUGGAAAGUGAAACUAAAAAUGUUUUAAUCUGCAUCACGUGCAUUGCAUACUGUACAACUGUAACAAUCUGUACUUGUAUCAUGUAUCUGUGUAAAUAGCCAGACAUACAAAUAUUACUUUUAAACUUUUUUUUUAUAAGUAUAAACAAUUUCACACAUGUUUUGUUUCUAACAGUUUCCAAUUAUAAAAUGUAAUUUUGGUCA